AUGAUGGAUAUGCACAAUUUAGUGUCUAAGUUGGUCACUUACAGUACCUUAGGCUUGGUGAGAGACAGGAAUAAGAAACAGAGAGAAGACAAAAGAUCGCAAUCCCCCCUGUCGGUGUAUUCAAGCGAUGUAGCAUGUUUCCCCACAAAGCAGGCCUCAUCACCAAUACAGCGAGGCAAUAGUACCACUAAGGUAACCACUAGAGUGAAUAGAAGCGAGGCCAAACGAUCAGGAAACUUGAGUCAUAUAACUUCUCUGCAAGCACUCUCGGGAGCUGCACACGCUUACUAUAGAAAUACAACUCCGAAGCACGACACCAACCACCACCCAUUGCAUGGUUUAUACAUACCAGACGUUGUGGUGAGGCACGGUAGCAUGAGUCUGAGUGAUGAGUAUAUACUGGCCCAAGCUCUGUUGAGGACUGUAUGUAUCGCAUAG